AUGUUCUUACUGAGUGUAAUAACUGUAGAACAUGUGCAUUCAUCCAACUGCACAAGUCGCCGAUGUCUGAGUAACGUGUUGAUAGAUAAAAAUCUGUUGUCGCAGCCACAGAACGAUAACUGCACUCACGAAGUCCGAGUGCCAAAAUUAAAGUACCAGACUCUGGAAGUUGAAUGGGAAGAUCCUGAGUUGGCGUGGGACACAUCAGUGUACAAGUUUGAUGAAGUAAUUCUGCCAGUAGACAAAAUCUGGACUCCGGAGCUCCUUGUAACAAACGCAAUGGCAUCAACUCUGAAGCACGGCUCUGCUAAUGUGCUGGUGUAUAGUAACGGCACAGUGAAGGACAAUCUGAUCAUAAAUGCAGAGGUGAACUGUGAAGUUAACCUGUUCAACUAUCCCUUCGCUUAUGAUGUGUGUCCUGUUGCAGUACAAGCCUGGGGCACUGACAAAUGUGGUACAACACUGAAGUUUGGUGAAGUGAGACUAACUGAUAAUAGUCAAGGAGACUGGCAAACGGUGGAUGCAAUACUUCAGAAAAAACGAGAUGACCGCAAUUACAUCCAGGUGAAACUACAACUCAAAUCUACCAACCCAUUCUUAACAUUGAUGCUGCCCAGUUAUUUGAUCCUCUUUGUUGAUAUAGUCAGCUUUGCUCUGCCACUGCGAGGUGGAGGACGCAAUGCUUUCAAGGUCACCCUGGUGCUCAGCUUCACCCUGUUUAUCAAUAUCCUAAAUAGCCAGCUUCCUGGAGACAGUGAAUGCAGCCCAAUAAUCCGACCCCACUUCUGUAUUUGCCUGAUCUUCUUGGUUGUGAGCAUGCUGGUGUCCAUGCUAACUACUAGGCUAUCCCUAGAAGGCCAACUGGUUUUCUGCUGUUGGUCCAAAGGAUCAGCCCCCAAAAUUACAGAAAACAAGGAACAAAAUGAGGAUGAGGAAACUAAAGCUGACAUUAGCACCAUCCAGCCGAAUGGCUCAGAGAACAGUCGAAUACUCAGAAAAGUGGCCAAAUACUUGGAAACUCAUGAGACCAACGAAGCGGAAAAGGAGAGAAAACACAAGUUUGCCGACAUGUUGGACAAGACUUUUUUCUGGAUCUAUUUCAUUAGUGGCCUUGGAUACCUUGUUAUUAUGACUCACGUUCCAAAGAUGCCCUAUUGA